GCCCAGUACCCUCAGUUUCAGCCUCAGCUUGUAGUUGUGCAAGCUGGAGAGCGUCCCGAUUCCACCACUUACAUCCGUAUGAAAGCUAAAGCUGCAGAGGAAGUCAGCAUCAAGUUCAAUCACGUCACAUUCCCAGAAACGGCUACGGCAGAAGAGAUCAUCCAGGUCGUUAAGAAGCUUUCAGAUGACGAUGCUGUUGGCGGUGUUCUUGUUCAGCUCCCUCUUGGGCCCAAUGUCAAUGCGGACGAUACACGCGCUGUCACUGAGGCAGUUUCUCCCGAGAAAGAUGUCGAUGGCUUCCAUGCGUACAACAUCGGUCACUUGUCUUUGCGUGCUGCUUCCCCGUUGUUCAUUCCAUGUACUCCAGCAGCUGUUAUUCGUUUGCUGGAGAACACUGGCAUAUCCAUCGCUGGUGCAAACGCAGUCGUGCUCGGUCGCAGCGACAUCGUCGGAAACCCCGUGGCUGCACUCCUGAGAAGUCGCGAUGCAACUGUCACCCAAUGCCACAGUCGCACCAAG